CCCCGCUCCGCGCAGGCGCGUUGCCUCCUCUGUGCGCUGUGCUGUUUGCAUUGUGUCUGAACUGCCGGCGAGCUUUAAAAAAUAUUAUACCCACCACGGCAAUGUCGGGCAGGUCGGUCCGCGCGGAGACCCGGAGCAGGGCAAAAGAUGACAUCAAGCGGGUUAUGGCCGCGAUCGAGAAAGUACGAAAAUGGGAAAAGAAAUGGGUGACGGUUGGAGACACAUCUCUGCGUAUCUACAAGUGGGUCCCAGUAACGGAACCCAAGUCAGCAGAAGAUAAAAGCAAAAAUAAGAAGAAGGGCAAAGACGAGAAGUAUGGCUCGGAGCUCACCACGCCGGAGAACAGUUCGUCCCCCGGGAUGAUGGACAUCCAUGACGACAACAGCAACCAGAGCUCCAUCGCGGACUCGUCUCCGGUCAAGCAGGAGAACAGCUGCAGCACCAGCCCCGCACCAGACGCCAGCACCCUCUCCUCCCACCGCGACAGCGACGCCAAAACUGACCAGAGCCCCGACAGCAAGAGAGGGAAGAGCCUGCCGUCAUCAGACUGUUCGGAGCGGGCGGCCAGUGUAAAGAGGGACGGCGCGGCUACGGACGAGAAGCACUCCCCAGACAGCAAAGCCUCUCAGGACCUGGAGGAGGAAGCCCCGCCCACUAAGAAGACCAAGCAGGAGUCUCCACCGCAGGACUUUGAGGAGAGCUAGAUGACUCGUCAGCGGGUCCACCACCCCUCCCUUUCUAAACGUCCUCCAUUAACUCUCUCUCUCUCUCUCUUUCUUUCUUUCUCCCUUUCCACCCGAACAACUCAGGAGAGAAUCUCUCCUCGUGUUCUGCUGUCUCCUCUUCCUCCCCUCCACCUAUAUCCCCCACCACCACAACACCCACCCGGAUGGAUAAUACCUCUACUGCCCCCUCACCCUACCCCAUCCCCCCCUAACCCCACUCCCCCUCUGUGCUUCCUCCUAUCUUCUCCACACACUCACAAAAUGCCAAGUGAAGCCCUGACUCCUCCAGGCUUCCCCUCACCCCGCCCCCCCCGCCCCCCCCCCGCCCCGACCGACCUGUGAGACGGGGUGGGGUGGGGUGUAGGCAGGGCUGCCAGGCCAGAAGAAGAGACAAGCUGACCUGCAUCUGUGAUUUUAAAAACAAAAAAACCUGAAUCAAUAACAAUGGGGCCGGGGCUUUUGACACUUUUAGAUAAAAUCAGCAAGAGUAGGGGUCAAAGGUCCGACUCCUGUCCCUCCCCUCCACCCACCCCCCUUUUUGAAAACAUUUAACUCUUUAAUGGUUUAGCUUCGGGAUGCACACAGAGGCUAGCCUGGUUAUCAGCGGCUCGUAGGAAACCUCUACAAUCCUCUGUGAUGGCCUCCUGGCAGACUUAUGUACUAUUACUGUUGUUUAGGGAAUCGUUAGGGUGUUUCUCAGGAGGGUCAAUGCACUGUUAUGGUAUCUCACAAGUGAUCACAGAUUGAGUUGCUGCUGUUAGUGGGUGUGUCUUGUUCUCCAUCCAUGGAAGGUCACGUUUUUUUUUCUUGACUUAUUUUUUUUUAAUGAACCUAAGUUCUCAUUCAAAAAAGGAAGGAGGAAGGGGUACUGGUUGAGGCUGGCAUAGGUACCGCAGGUGUGCCUUCCGUUUGAUUAUGAUUAAGCGCAAUUUGUUAGGUCAUGAGCAAUUCUUUUUUAUAACUUACGAUUUUGUGCCAUAUUCUGUCUGUUUUUUGCUCAGAACCAUUUCGUCAUUGAAUUGUCUGAGCUAAAAUUUAUAUAAUUGUACUUUUUUUGCACACAUUUAAGACUGGAUUCGGAAAUGUUACACAAAACCCCUCUGGUUUGUGUUCUGUAUGUUAGUUGUGCGGACCAAAGGAGUUACAAUUCAUCUUAGGGCAUUUUGUCUUUAUGCAUACGCUGGUUAGUUAUCAGUUUCACUACACCGGUCGACUUUAUUAACGACUUCCACUCUCUGACUUGUGUAUAUAUCACUAGCUACACUUGACUAUACUCGCAGUCUCCGUAGAUCCACGUAGAGUCGGGUCUAUUUAAUUAACCCAUGGCUAUGCUAGUUUUAGCAUCCGUUCCUCCCUCAAAGGUGCUGUCCUAGCGGCUGAAUCCAUUCAUAUUCCUGGCAUCGUCCAUUUGUUUAUCCUUUUCAUUCGUCAUCGACAUCAGUGUGAAAUUUACUUGAAACUACCCCGUAAGGAUUCAGGCCUUUGACCUCAAAAUGUAUAACCUCAAACCAUAUUUUUUUUUCUUUGUGAUUUAGUUGAACACUUCCAAUGUGUGAAUAAUCGACGUCAUCGCCUAAAUCAACAGUAAAACUGACUUUAAAUAACUUGAGCAGAUGAUAUAAGUCUCAUGGAUGGAGAAAUAAGAAACGUACAAUAAAAAAAGUUCUCAGUUUAGAAGAUGGAUUAGCAUAUACCUCAUUCCCAGUUGUGCAGCGCUGGAACUUAAAAUGCUAUGUAUUGACAUUAACACAGCAUUAUUUACUCAGUUAAACAAGAAAUCGUACUUCUGUUGUAGCUUUCACCUGAUCGAGCCGAUUGCUUCUAGUUUGCUGACAAUUGUGCGUGUGUGUGGGUGUGCGUGUGUAGAAACAAAAACAAACAACAAAAAGAGCUGUGAGAUAUGAAACCUUGUAUGUUGUUAAUGGGACCAUGUUUUACUUUAGAUCUUGUACAGAUUUAUAGUUUGGUUUGACUUAUUUAUUCCAUCAGUAGUUGGUUUUUAUCAUGGAUUUGUUUUCUUAAUAAAAGUCACUAAACGUU